GCUGGUGAAUCCGGUAAAAGCACAAUAGUCAAACAGAUGAGGAUCUUGCAUGUGAAUGGAUUUAAUGCUGAGGAGAAGAGGAUGAAAAUUCAGGAUAUAAAAAACAAUAUUAAAGAAGCUAUAGAGACAAUAGUGACAGCAAUGGGCAGCUUGGUACCUCCAGUUGAACUUGCCAAUCCAGAGAACCGGUUUCGAAUCGACUACAUCUUGAAUUUAGCUAACCAGAUAGACUUUGAUUUCCCACCGGAGUUUUAUGAACAUACAAAAACGCUUUGGCAAGACGAAGGGGUGAAAGCCUGCUAUGAGAGAUCUAAUGAAUAUCAGCUGAUUGACUGUGCACAGUAUUUUCUAGACAAGAUUGACAUAGUCAAGCAAAACGAUUAUACACCGUCUGACCAGGAUCUUCUCAGAUGCAGAGUUUUGACAUCAGGAAUUUUUGAAACCAAGUUCCAGGUGGACAAAGUAAAUUUCCAUAUGUUUGAUGUUGGAGGGCAACGAGAUGAACGCCGGAAAUGGAUCCAGUGUUUUAAUGAUGUGACUGCUAUCAUAUUUGUGGUGGCGAGCAGUAGCUACAACAUGGUUAUACGAGAGGACAAUCAGACCAAUCGGCUUCAAGAAGCACUAAAUCUCUUCAAGAGUAUCUGGAACAACAGGUGGCUACGGACCAUUUCAGUAAUUCUUUUCCUGAAUAAACAAGAUUUGCUAGCAGAGAAAGUUUUGGCAGGGAAAUCGAAAAUUGAAGACUACUUUCCAGAAUUUGCUCGCUACACUACACCAGAUGAUG